CUCAGUGUGACUUGCCAUUGACACUGAGCGUUGACAGAAAGCGGAGCAGAAGAGCAUCAAAACAUGGCGACUCAAAACAAUCCGCGGAAAUUCAGCGAGAAGAUUGCUUUGCAUAACCAGAAGCAGGCACAAGACACGGCGGCGUUCGAAGAAGUGAUGAAAGACCUCAGCAUUAAUCGGGCUGCCAGGUUGAAGUUGCAGACGACUCAGUAUUUGCAGUUGGGACCUAACCAUGGGCAGUACUAUGGAGGAUCGUUGCCGAACGUAAACCAGAUUGGAAGCAGCACUGCUGACUUUUCUUUCCAGAAUUCUGGGAUGGAUGCAAACAGCUCAUCGCGACACCACGGGCUGGUGGACAGAGUCUACCGCAACCGAAUCACAUCACCCCAUCGGAACCCUCUCACUGUCGACAAACAUGGACGCCAGAUUGACAGCUGUCCGUACAGCUCGGUAUAUUUGUCACCGCCACCUGACAUCAGCUGGAGGAGGACAAACUCUGACUCAGCGCUUCACCAGAGCACAUUAGCUCCCGGCCAGCAAGCCUCCUUCAUGGGUGGGUUCCAAGAGCUCCAGCCCAAGCAAGGAUUUCAAAUUGUCAAACAGGAGGUUGAAGAAGAAAUGCCCAAAGAGAACUGGGACUGCAAAAAGGAUGUUUCUAGAUCCAAAUCAUAUGAAGUCCCUGGAAUCCACAUAAUUCCAUCACCGGAGCAGCAUCUCAAACCAGUUGCUCACAGCACUGGCGGUUCUCUGCCUGACCUAUCAAACAUUAAGUUCCCUCCUCCGCUAUCCACCCCGCUGGACUCAGAUGAUGCUUCGGCCGUCUCAUUGAGUUCUUCCAGCAACGGCGCGCACAUGCUGGAUAAAAUACAAGGAUUGAACGCCUCUCAGCCCGCAGUAACCAUGGAGACGCAGUCUGGGCAGGACAACAUGGAUCCUCUUAUUCUUAACACGAGAGACCUUCACCAGCAGCAGAACUUGCAGCACUCGCCAACAUCAGUACCGCUCCCACUCUCUCAGGUUGCAAUCAAUGCCAUGAACCUUGAACAGCAGUUAUCCCAGUAUGCCUUCUUCAAUCAGCCUCCGCCAUCCCAAACACACCAGAACCAGCCUGCCUGCCCACUCCAACAAUACCGCAGUAGGGUGGGAUCCUCUGCCAAUCAAUCUCCAACCUCCCCCAUCUCCAACCAUAGCUUCUCACCUGGAACUUCGCCUCAACAGCAGCAGCAUAACUCCAUCCUGGGCAGUGUCUUUGCAGACUUUUAUGACCAGCAGCUUCUGUCCAUUCAGGCCAGUGCUCUCUCUCAACAGCUGGAGCAGUUCAACAUGAUGGAAACACCCAACAGCUGUGGUAGCUUCAACAACCAGACCGCCACACUCAACCACUCCCAGGCCUUGAUGGGCUUGUCCGGUGGCCACUGUAACCUCACGGACUCUCAGCAGCUUGGCUACAGUAGUCACGGCAACAUCCCCAACAUCAUUCUCACAGUGAGUGGCGAGUCUCCUCCCAGCCUGCCUAAUGACCUGGGUGACUCCCUGUCAAGCGAUGUCAGCUUCGACGUCGACGACCAUUUCCCACUGGAUGACCUAAAAAUCGACCCACUGACACUUGAUGGCCUGCACAUGCUCAAUGACCCGGACAUGUUGCUCACUGACCCGGCCACAGAGGAUGCCUUUCGACUGGAUCGCCUCUGAGUGGAUCACAACUUGCCCGAUGGACUUCUAUAAGAAAGCUUUUUAAAGAGAGAGGCCAGCUUCGCUUCUUCUGAACUAGAAAAAAGGGCAACAUCCUUAAAA